CCUUGACACUUCAUGCCUUUGCCAACUGUGCAACGUUCAUUGAUUACUUUUUUUAAAUUUCAUUUUGUAAAUAUACCUAUAUUCUUCCCCAAAUAUGGGAAUUGAAACUUUGAACGGUGCGAAUUUUUCUUCAUGGAAAGAUUCACUGAUGCUAACUCUUGGCAUGUUGGAUUUUGAUUAUGCACUGAGAGAGCCUGCCCCUCCUGCCCUCACUGAUAAAAGUACUACUGAAGAUAAAAUAGUACAUGAGAGAUGGGAGAGGUGCAACAGGAUGGCUCUUAUGCUCAUUAAAAAUUCCAUCAGCAUAAUCAUCAGGGGAGCUAUUCUAGAUUCAUCUAAUGCUAAAACAUAUCUGGCUUCUGUGGAGGAACAAUUCAAAGCAACUUCUAAGGCACAUGCUAGUACUAUUAUUUUGAAGAUGGUGACUACGAAAUACAACAGGAAUAUCGGCAUUCGUGAGCACAUCAUGAUGAUGAACGACAUGGCUCGCAAGCUUAAGGGAUUAGACAUGGAGAUCAGUGAAGGUUUUCUGGUGCACUUCAUAAUGACUUCUCUUCCUACAUCUUUUGAAGCUUUCAAGGUCAACUACAACACCCAGAAGGUCAAGUGGUCGAUGAAUGAGUUGAUUGCUAUGUGUGUACAAGAAGAAGAGCGUCUGAAGCUAGACAAACCGGAUGUGGCUUACCUCAUGACCGCUAAUCCAAAGAAGAGGAAGGGCAAUGUUGAUAAGAAGGAAGUUUCUAAAGUCCAGAAACGUGAUGCAAGUGCUUCUUCCAGCUCUAAGAACUCCAAAGGGAAGUCUUACUGCAAGUUCUGCCGCAAGGAAGGACAUAAACAGAAAGACUGCCAAGACUUUAAGGAGUGGUUGACGAAGAAAGGGAUUCCUUACAAUCCAGAAGCUGGAAAGAAACCGAAGAACACUUAAGCUAGGGAAUGGAAUAGAACUAGCUAUCGAAGCCGUGGGAACCUUGGAAUUAAUAAUGAAAACUAGUUUAUGUAUUAAACUUUAUGAUACCUU